UACAAGGAAAAGCGUUUCAACAUAUGAUGGCUAUAUUUGAUCCAGCAUUCCAGGUUUCAAGUAAUAUAACUUGCAAAAAUUUAGUUGCAGAGGCAUAUGAAAAUAGUGUGAAGAAAGUUAAAGCUUUAAUCAUGGAAACAUAUGAAUUUGCAACUAUAACUGUUGACUUAUAG